AUGAAGUCGAUGUCCUUGCCGAUACCGGACGAUCUGAGUCGGCUGGAAAUCGUAUUCCGGGAGCCGGAGUCGAUCGGCGCGCUCGAAACAUUCAACGAUAUCCUUCACCGGCCGUCGGCGACGAUGCUCGGCACCCUCGUCGGGCUCUUCAACCGGGCUCUUCAUCAUCCUCCGAGCAGUGGGUUGGACUGCUAUCAACUCGAGUCCAACCCACUCUUCAUACUCCUCCUCCUCAAGCGAGUCUUGCUCCAUUCAGAUCCCAUCGCCCCUCUCCAACCUUCGAAAAUCAACCUCCGCUCGACAUUCCAAGAGAGUUUCUUGCCAACCUUCAUCAACUUCAGGGCUAAUGCCCACCCUGACCAACCCAUUAGCAACCUCAGCAACCACCUCGUAAUCUGUCUUACUAGAUUAUCUACCCGAUUGCUCAGUAGUUUUCAUUCCAAUCUGGAUCCUAUUGCUUCUUUAAUCCAAUCUUCCCUUCAUUUCAUUGGGAAUCUUGAUCCCUCCACCCCUCAUCUCGAGCCCAUUCUAGACCACUUAGUGGCAAUCAAAGAAAUUCUCUUAUCUCUUCAUCAAUCCAAAUCCAUUGAUUCAAUCUACUUAAUCCGCCAGAUUACUCAUAAACAUUAUGAAAACCUGUUUGCAACAUAUAGCCAGUUGGAGACGAUUACCAGACACCUUUCCAGCCAGUUACUUGGGGCGGAUAACUCAGAGGAAAGGUACCGGUCAUAUCAAACGGCGACGAGAUUGAUCAGUGUGUUAUUGAAGAUAUUCAAGUUGAUGGUCGAGCCGAUGGAGGAGCACCGAGGAGUGCUCAGCGAAGUGAUCGCCAAGUUCGUGGCGGACUUCCAAGUCGCUCUGGAUCUCGAAAUCCGUCUGAUGGAUUCUGCGGCUCCUCCGGCUCAGAAAUUCAGCAGCCAUGUCAUGGGCUAUGGCGCCCUCUUCCUUCAAAUCCAAACCAAUCAACCAUCGCUCAUUCCCGACGAGGUCUUGACAACUUAUCUGAAGAUUCUCGAAUUCGUCUCUAGUCGUCAUCAGCUUAUCAUCGCCGAAUCUUCUUCUUCUGCUGCUGUUGGAGAUCCCGGGAUCCAACAGGACUUGGCGGCCUCAAGGGGAGCUUUAAUCAGGUUUUAUCGACUGCUGAUUCAAAGCUUGAAGUUACUCAACGGCUCCUUGAAUCCAUGGAGCUCGUAUUCCAACGACCCCGAUCCUGCCUCCGGCCUGUCAAAGAACCUUUUGGAGAGUCUGUCGUCGGAGGAAGUGAGCAGAUUGGUCUCGAGAGUCGAGCCUUUGCUCACCCUGAAGUUUGACUCGACCGGCUCUUUCGAGGACGACCGGCACCUUUAUUGCGACGAUGAGGAUGACGAGGAGAAGGAGGAGGAGGAAGAAGAUGAGAGCGACGAAGAGACAGGAGAGAUCAUGGAGAUCGAGGAGAUGGAUCAAGGCGACAUUCCCGAGGAAGCGCUGGUGGAGGAGGACAAACUGGACGGGCCUGAUGGAUACGAGCCACUCGACUCCCCCACCAUUCUCGCCAAUAAGGGCCAAACCCUCGACUGCUUCCAGCCCACUUAUCCCAUCUGGAACUCUCCAGCUAAGGAUGACUGGGCCGCCUCAACUGAAAUUACCCGAUUGGAACCCUUGCAGAUCGAAGCUCAAGCACUUCUAUCCACCUUGAAAAGCUUGUAA